CUGUAGGUGUCCUUCUUGGCUAUGGUAAUGGAACUUUUACAGCGCAAACGACGUUUACAACUGGCACUGGGCCGUACUCAGUCGCCGUUGGUGAUUUCAACAACGACACUCGACUAGAUAUUGUUGUAGCGAAUUUUGGCGAUAACAAUGUGGGUAUCCUUCUUGGCAAUGGUGAUGGAACUUUUGCAGCGCAAAUGACGUUUUCAACUGCCAAUAAUCCGAACUGGAUCGUCGUCGAUGAUUUCAACAAUGACACUCGAUUGGAUAUCGCUGUCACCAGUGGGCCCGAUAAUAAUGUGGGUGUCCUUCUUGGGUAUGGUAAUGGAACUUUUGCAGCGCAAACGACGUUUUCAACUGACAAAAAUCCACAGUCGUUAACCGUUGGAGAUUUCAACAACGACAAUCGACUGGAUUUCGCUGUCGCUAAUUAUGGCAUUGCCGUUGUGAGUAUCCUUCUCGGCUAUGGUAACGGAACUUUUGCAGCGCAAAUGACGUUUCCAACUGGCAAUAAUCCACAAUCGUUAACCGUCGGUGAUUUCAACAACGAUAAACGAUUGGAUAUCGCUGUCGCCAAUUUUGGCAGUAACACGGUGGGCAUUCUUCUGAACACUUGUUAUUGUUGUGCUCCUUAA